CUUUUCUGCUGCCUCUACGGCCAAUCGGAGGGAAACAUUCUGGAUUAUGAUUUGAAAUGAAGAAGCAGGUUACUUUUGUUGAGCACCUGAAAAGCGAGAGCCGCGUCAAACGUGGAAAUGCUCACGUCCUGAUGAGGUCUGCAGAGUCUACCAGGAGGCACAAAGAUGUUCUUCAGCAGCCAGCCCCCCAGAGGAUGUGUGCAGGCUCUUCGUAUCGACAUGAUCAGCAGGUCAAACAUCAGUACAAAGCAACAGCUACAGAUGUUUGUGGUGACCGACUCCUAAAGACAUUACUCACUCCCAUAACCGUCACUUCUGCAACUUUCUUACAACAUGUCCUCUCAGCUGGACACAAGGGCCACCUUUGCAGCGCAGCAAAUGUGUGCAGCACAGAGCGCAUGAGGCGGCAGAUGAAGAAACAUUACCUCAACGUGCUGCACGCGUGCAUCCAGUCAGGUCAGAGUGACUCCUGUAAGAGGAAUCAGAACAGAACCCUCACAAAGGACCUGGAGAGGGACUCAUGGUGGACAAACACGCCACAACCACAGAGGACAGGGAGGAAAAGAGCUCUCUCUGACCUGGUCCUUCCAAAAAUUUACAAAAGAUGACGAGAAAAGUCCACGUUUUAUUGGUCUUGGUGAUCAUAAAUGUAGGUUUUUUUCUCAAAAGCAGGUCAAGUAGCGUCACAAUAUAAUACAUUUAUGUCAUUUUCUAUUUGAAAGCAACAGAGCCCCUAAAGGGACAUUGAAGGGGAAAAAAUUGAAGGUAAAAAAAAUUCUAAAAACGAAGAAAAGAAGAAAAUUAAGGUAUUUUUUUUUUCCAAAAAAUUCUGGUUACCAACUGGUGCAAGAGAAUCCUGGCCACAGAGAAAAAAUACGGCCCGAAAAUGAUAAGCCGGAAGUCCCUCCC